AUAAAGCAAACACCGGAAACCCGAUAAGGCGAAAACACUAGACUUUUGACAUUUUAGCAAGAAAGAGGAUGAGCGAAGAUGACAAGAACAGAGGGGUUGCAGUGGUGGUAGAUCACCACCAUCAACAGCAUCAUCAUCACCAUCACGACGAACCACCGCCACCUCCUCCUCAAUACGGCACUUUCCAAGGAGUGGCCAACUAUCCGCCGCCGGCCAUAGGCUUCCCUCAACCAGUUCCUCCUCCUGGUGCUGGGGCCCACGGAUCAUCUGCUCCUCCCCCUCAAUACUACACUCAGGGCUACCAGACCGUUCCAGGUUAUGCUGUUGCUGAAGGAAGACCUGCCAGGGAACGCCGGCUUCCGUGCUGUGGUAUUGGUCUUGGCUGGUGCUUGUUCAUUAUUGGCUUUUUCCUGGGUGCCAUCCCGUGGUAUAUUGGGUUAUUUGUCCUUAUGUGUGGGAGGAUAGACCAUCGAGAAAAACCAGGAUAUAUUGCUUGCACAAUUGCUGCUGUUCUUGCUACAGUCGCAAUUAUUAUUGGUGCAACCAAAGGAGCAGAUGAGUGGUAACUCAUGUUGAUAGUUUCUGCAGUUUGCAAUUUGGGAUAUUCAUACGCUUGGAUUCGUAGAACUCAGUGAAGUUUGUUUAAGACGACGUGAAAACUAUUGAAGACCUUGUUCAGUCUCUUUGAUUAUAUUGUCACAAAAUAGCACUGCAAAGCAAAUAUUUCCCGAGUAGUCUCCUCCCUUGAACUAAUACAUUACUCUGUAUAUUUCUGAAGAAUUGUGUGAUACCAAACAUUAUACGGAUUUAUGUCCAUUAUUAUAUUUGUUUAAGAGACCUUCUGUGUUUUUUUAUUCAA